AUGCUUUCAACUCGACGCAUUGGCCGCGAAGAGAUCACUUACGAGGAGGCCAAAAACAAGGAAACCAACAUUCUGCACAAGUUGAGUUAUAUCUCGAAGCAACUCAGAUUUUAUAACCAUCUGUACAAACGCCGCAACCUCAUAGAGGAGCGCGUUGCGCAUCACCUGGGGUUGAGAACAGCUACUCUUUGUCAUGUCGCCGAACCGACGCUGUGGCUCAAUGGCAGCUUCAAUGUUUGCAUCCCAGUUCUUGUCGAUGGCGCUUCCCGCGUGUUGAUGCGGUUUCCACUGCCUUAUCGAGUGGGGGAAGAGUUUCGGCCAGGCAAUGGUGACGAGAAGGUCCGCUGUGAAGCUGGAGCGUAUGCCUGGCUACAACAGGAAUGUCCUACCAUACCAAUUCCGCGUCUCUAUGGCUUCUCUCUGUCCUCUGGUCAAUGUUUUACGACCGUAGAAUGUCUCAAUCCUAUCCGCCGCAUAUUUGAGCGCUUUCGCCGUCUGCUUCUUUCGAUUCUACACUAUCCUCUCCCCUCUCCCCUCAUUCCUCAUCAGUGUCGGCUCUCGAAUGAGCUUGGGCCGUACCUACUUCUGGAAUACAUUGAAGAGGGGGAAAUGCUCUCGAACACUUUAGAUGACCGGUAUAACGAUGAAAAGUUAUGGACCAAUCUAUUUCGCGGCCUCUCGCGGGUUAUUCUCAUGCUCUCUCGCAUCCCCUUACCCAAGAUCGGAUCGUUUACCGUGGAUGACCGUGGCUUUUUGCAACUUACAAAUCGACCUCUGACAAUACAAAUACAAGAGCUUGAGAACGAGUGUAUCCCUGUGAAUACUGCAAGAGACCAAACCUACUUUUCUGUCGACUCAUAUGUGAACGGUCUCCUUUCGAAUCACGAUAUCCGCCUUCGCUACCAACCAAAUGCAGUGAACGACAAAUACGAUUGUAUAAAUCAAAUGUCGGCUCUAGUUGUUAUGCGGUCCCUGGCUUCUCAGUUCUUCGAUUACAAGCUUAAUACUGGCCCAUUCGUAUUUUGCCUGACUGAUUUACACGCAAGCAACAUUAUUGUGGACAACGCCUGGAAUAUUCGAUGUCUUAUUGAUCUAGAAUGGGCAGCAUCGCUUCCCAUUGAGUUUCUCCGACCUCCAUCUUGGCUGACUAGGCAAGCAGUCGACGUGAUCGAUACCGAGGCUUACAAUAUUCGCCGCGAGGAAUUCAUGAAGAUAUUCGAAGACGAGGAGUCCAAGUUGUACCCGGCAAGGAGCUCAACCUAUUCGACGGUCAUGAAUCGUGUCUGGCAAAACGGGACAUUUUGGUAUACACUUGCCUUGGAAAGUAUAACCGGUCUUAAUUCACUCUUCUACAAGAGGAUCCAGCCAAAGUAUUCAGGAAGUCACCUGAAAGAUGGCCACUUUUAUCUUGUUACUCACCUCUAUUGGUCGCAAAACGUUGAAGAGUUUAUCGAUGAAAGGGUUGAGGCCAAGAAGAAGUAUGAUCAAGAUCUCGAAAAUGAAUUCAGAGCACAUUGA